CAGAAUUAUUUCUUUUUUAAAAAGAGGAUACUGUAGGCAUUUUGACUGCCUUUUUUAUAAUAUAUACAUUAGUCUAAUCCUUUUUAUCAAGGGCAGUUAAAUGGGACGCCAGAACUCCUACAAGGAGAUAACAUUAUUAGAUGCUUAGCACAUUCAAGGCUGCCGAUACUGCUAAAAGGAGGGCUUUGGUUUUUCUUUGCCUUUUUAAAAAAAGUACAAACUAAGAAAUAUGCAUGACUUUCCUCAAAACAUCUGUUUGGGAGUCUGGAUAUUUGUGCUGAUUAAAGGGGAUAUGCAAGCAUUUACAGAAGACCCCUAUUCACCUUCAGAGGACACCCAGACUAAGGAUGCUACACAAGACCUUGGAGCUGAUGGCUGGCAAAUAACAAGCCCUCCCCAGUUUCUGGACUCUAAGCAUCAUCUUGAUAUUAGGAACUCUGAGAAACGAAGCAGUGGUUUGGUGUUACGAAGGAAGAGAUCAAUUUUGUUUCCUACUGGAGUUAAAAUAUGUCCCGAUGAGUCUAUUGAACAGGCCACUGUCAACCACCUGAAAUAUUUCAAACUCAGAGUGUGCCAGGAAGCUGUAUGGGAAGUCUUCAAAACAUUCUGGGAACGACUCCCAGGACGCGAAGAACAUCAAAACUGGCUGAAUGUAUGUGAGGAAGGAACUAUGAGUAUAUUUGAGAUGGGAACCAACUUUAGUCAGUCUGAAGAACAUCAAAGCCUCAUCAUGAAGAAACUGUCCUUUGCUAAAGAAGUAAUAGGCAGUUCCUGCACUGACUGGACCUGUGGGUUUGGAUUGUCAACACCUCCUCCGGUUGGUGUUGCCACCACUUUGAGAGACGCAGCUGCCGAAGUUCUGCCCCCUGAUGAGGUUUCAGUUGAGACGCCUUCAGAAACAAUUACUGACAAGAUUGAAUAUGUUGAAUUCAAUAAUGAAAUAAAGAAAGAGGAUGAGAAAUUAGCGAGACUGGCACAUGAACAGGUGGUUGAGUUCAGCAUUCUUCUUCCUGAAGAGAAAUACAGCGUCGAACUCAGCGACCCCUUCACUGAAGAGUACCAGCAACUCUCACAGCUGUUUAUUUCUGAAAUUCAAAAUUCAUAUGAAGGAUUGCCUGGAUACAAGAACAUCCAUGUAACUGAAUUCAGGUCUCCUGAGGAUGACAGUGGUGUGGAAGUUCUAUACUCUGUGUUUUUUGAUGGGGAAGCCAUCAGCAAUGCUACCUGGGACCUGAUUAACCUUCAGUCCAACAAAGUGGAAGACAAUGCCUUUAUGGAAAUUGAGGAUAACCCAACCGUUGUUUACACCGUCAGUGACUUCAGACACUACAUUGCCGAAAUCCUUCAUAAGAACUCUUUACUGGAUAAUGCCUCACUGAUCUUGGAUCCUGACUCUCUGCAACUCAUCAGUGUAAGGGCAGUAAUUUCUACAGGAACUGAAGAACCAUCUCUGACAACCACAAAGCCCAUUGGUGAUGAUCGUGUUGUAAUAUCUGAAUGGCCAUCUGCAGAUGAGUCAACUGUAAGCAACAUCUUGCCACUUGAUUUUACCAGACCAGGUUUCGUCUUUGAUAUUGAGCAGUUCAGUGACAAUGAAAUCUGGUUAAGACCUGAUGGCUUUCCAAGCCCUGAAAGCAACAUCAGUUCAACAGCAAAAGUGCUUGAGGAUACUAAGAAGCCAGAGGAUUUACCUCUGAGUCCUACUCCUCACCUUGUGCCAAAAGAAAUCCCUUCUACAAGUGAGUCUCUGAUUCCUCUCACUCCAAUACCAUCAGCCAAAGAACCUGAGGAAGUGAUUACAAGUUAUGUAGAAGAGGGUACUCUACCACCUGAUAUAUAUACAGAUGCAUAUGACUCUAGUUCAGGGCAGGAACCACUGUCAAGUGCAUGGCCUUGGGAUAAAGCUACAUUGGAGCCAGAGGGAUCAGGUGUAUAUGAUUAUAAGGAUGUAUGGGUUUCCUAUACAUCUGAGACAGUACCAAUGGAAGUCAUUUCCCUGUCACCUUUUGAUUCCUCCAUAGAAAGCAUUCUUGCAACAUCUACUGAGAUGUUCAGCAUAACACCAUUGGAGGAUUCCACUGAGGACCAUGAAAUCUCCUCUAAAACAACAGGAAGCCAAACCCUCAAAGCAACUGAGCAGUCAUCAACACACUAUCCACUUGAGCCUGUUACAACAAGAGAGCCUGAGAUCACCUCUUUGUGGACUGGAUUUGUGAAACCAGAAGUAAUUUCAAUAGUGACUCCUGUAGAACGUCCAGUGACUGAUGCUUUUACUGUGGAACAGCCUGAUUUAGAGUCAGUAUCCCAAGAGGCCUUUGGAACAGUUGUUCUGAAAUCUACUGAUGGUGCCACUCAUAAAGCCACAGAUGAAGUUACAAGUUUUGAAGUUUUAACUAUCGUUCCUGGUUCAGAAGAUUUCACUGGAGUGGUCAGCACUUAUAUUCCUCCUAGUACACUGAGCUCUGCUAUUGAGGUCCUCUCUGACAUGCCUGCUGCUCAGCCAACAGAAUUUCAGACAGCAGUAAUCCCAACUAAAUUGGAAGAAGACUUGGUAACAAAAGAAGUAACAGACCAAGACUAUUUAGGCACAACAUAUUCCCCUGAAGUGAAGGAAGGAAGAAGGAUGACUGACAGUCACAUUGAGCUGUCUACAAGUGCCCGUUCCACAGAGAUGGCCAGUAUAGCUUGGGCUACUCAUGAAGAUCACAGUGCUACUGUCCCUGCACGAGCUUUAGUGGUAUUCUUUAGUCUUCGCGUUACCAAUAUGAUGUUUUCAGAGGACUUGUUUAAUAAAAAUUCCCCUGAAUAUAAAGCCCUGGAACAACGAUUCUUAGAACUGCUGGUUCCUUAUCUACAGUCCAAUUUAACGGGUUUCCAGAAUUUGGAAAUUCUGAACUUCAGAAAUGGCAGUAUUGUGGUGAACAGUCGAAUGAAGUUCGUGAGACCUGUGCCUCGCAAUGUCACUAAUGCUGUGUACAUGAUUCUGGAGGACUUUUGCAACACUGCCUACCAGACCAUGAACCUGGCCAUUGACAAGUACUCUCUUGAUGUAGAAUCAGGAGAGCAGGCUGAUCCUUGCAAGUUCCAGGCGUGCAAUGAAUUCUCUGAAUGCUUGGUGAACCAGUGGAAUGGGGAGGCUGAGUGUGUCUGUUAUCCUGGUUAUCUAAGCAUUGACGGAUUGCCUUGUAUUAGCAUUUGUGAUCUCCAGCCUGACUUUUGUCAAAAUGAUGGGAAAUGUGACAUAAUCCCUGGGCAAGGGGCAAUAUGUAGAUGCCGUGUAGGUGAGAACUGGUGGUACAGAGGAGAGCACUGUGAAGAGUAUGUCUCGGAACCACUUGUUGUGGGUAUUGCAGUUGCUUCCGUAGCUGGCUUUCUUCUCGUAGCAUCUGCUGUUAUUUUCUUCCUGGCCAGGACCCUUCGAGAUCAGUACACAAAGAGUGAAAUGGAGGACACGUUAGGGCAAGGGGACAGCCUUUCAUCCAUCGAAAAUGCAGUGAAAUAUAACCCAAUGUAUGAGAGUGAUGCUACAGGAAACAACCCAUACUGUAAGAGAUAUCCACAGCUUACUUCUUACAGCUCAACCAGUAAUGAUACAUCCACUGAGUACAGCAGUGAGGAAAUCAGGCACAUUUAUGAAAACAGUGAGCUCACUAAACAGGAGAUCCAAGACAGAAUACGGAUUCUAGAACUUUAUGCCAAAGACCGGCAGUUUGCAGAAUUUGUAAGACAGCAUCAAAUGAAAUUGCUUUAAAAACAGAUCCAGUAAAAAGGAUCCAUCAUAAGAAGUGAUGGACCAUGUUGCCACGGGGAUGAGGCACAGAUGUGCUUGCAAAGUUUCUUAUAGUCUUUUCAGUGAAGUGAAGUGUAUGGAUCUUAACUGUUCAUGGGUGGAUUCUCUUGUCCACUCAUGGGUGGAUACGUAUGAGGAAUGCUGCUUGUCAUUGGAUAAUUCUGAAUGCAGCUGUAAAUCAUGAGAUAUGUCCAGCGUUUGCAAGGUCAUGAAAAUCAGUUUCAUUUGUGUGUAAAUGGAACAGAUUUUUAUUCAAUGGGAUAUUGACCAUUCUGCAACUGAAUUCCCUUGUGAAGGUUUGUUUUCUUUCUGUUUAGGGUUCUGGCGAGGUAUUAUAAAUAAAACAUAAUAAUUUCUGUCAGGACUUCUUUGCUUCAGAGAGCUACAUGUUUGGGGGUUUUAUAGUAAUGAGAUAAAUGUUGAGUUGCAUUUGACAUUCUUAUAGCUUUAUUACUGUUUCAUUCAAGUGAUAUUUGCAUUUUAAGAAACAAUUUGGUUCACCAGUAAACAAAACUUAAAAUGGUAGUUAUUUAGAUGUUUAGCAUAUAAUUUAGCUUUUCUUGCCCAGCAUAAUAUUAGAAGAAUGUUCUGUUAUUAAGAGCAAGUUUAAUGAGGAAUUUAAGACCACCACGUCCAUUGGUUUAAAAUAGUUGCAACUCUUGGCUUUUGUACUGUUCAUCUCAUUCCCUUGAAAACUGGAUCAAACCAUCUAGACAGUCAUCUCUUUCCAUCAAAAAAUUACCAGAAUGACCAUGUGCUACUUCUGGACAUAUGUCAUGGAGAGAGAUGCUCUGAAGGCAAGAAAGGCUAAAUAUCCCAUAGGCAACAGUUUUACUUUGUGAGCAGUUUGAUUAAACAGAUGUGGAUUUUUAAAACCAAUUUUAAUUCAUAAAUCAAUGCACUGGUUUGUUUUCUUCUAACUGUUUUCAUAAUGGUUUCAUAUACAGUAAUAAAAGACAACGCUAGAUUUAUUUAUUCCAAUUCAUUUACACAGCAGAUAG